AAAGCUCCUUCGAACGUAACGUUCGAAUCCACGCCUCACGGCCAGCCUCUAAUGUUUUUGGUUAUCUGUUUUCUCUGACUUUCUGCUUCUCAUUUUCUGAUAAAACCCUUCCCUCCGAUUCUUCAUUGUUUCCCUAUAAACUAAAGUGUUCUUCGAUCUCACUUCUCUGUUGUGUCACGCAUGGCGACUCCUCCUUGCGAUGAGGAUCAAGGCAUAUACAGAAUUUCAGUGGGUUCUAAAAGAGGGGAUACAAAUCAGCAGUGCCCUUCACAAUUUUCUUUCUUGAGGCUCUUAGAAGUUCCUUAUACAUCUGAAAGUGAAUCAAGCUUGGAUAAUGAUUGGAAUAGCAUGGAAUUUUUCAGUUUUGAGAUGGAAAGUGCAGAUAGAUGUUCCUCAUGUAGUGUGGAUAUAAAUAUUGAGGAAACUUUGGGAAAUCCUAAGACCGAAGAACAAAGUGUUCAUCAUGUUAAAACUGAGAGUGCUCUAACUAGGGCAUCCCAGAGAAUGAUUGGCAUGCAAAUAGGUGGCAAGAUCUUGCAGCUUUUACUGAAUCAAAGCCUAACUUUACUGAAGUCCUCUUCUAGAGCAGAGAAAUCAAUGACUGAGGGAGCUCAUGAUACACCUAGUAGCAGAUGGCGAAGAUAUAAGCGUGCUGCUUCACUAGAUUCAAGAAAAGUUGUUAUUUUUUUCUCUGUACUGUCGAUCAUGGGAACACUGUUGUUGAUAUACUUGACACUUAGUGAAGCAGAUUGGUGAGUUCAUGCCUAGUGGUGACACGUGAAGUGAAGCAGAUUGGUAAUGGGAUAGUUCAUGCCUACUGUGGAUGCUUCUUGUUUUGGUUCUCGUCCUUCUCUUAGUUUUUGAUGAUAGUCUCUCUCUCUCUCACUCACACGAGGCAGUUCAUGUACAUAUGCCACAUUCAAAUUAUAGACCUCUGUUCUGCAACUCUUGAUUGUGUCAUUUCUAGGAGCUUGUUUAUUAUGUCCCUAUCUGUUGAUUCUAUGAUUUGUGGUCUGAUGUUGAGACUCAGGAAAAUGGAAAGGGAAAUUACUGUUUUUCA